CGCGCGUCCCCUUUAAGAGCCGUCAAGUGCCCGUGACGUCAGGGCAGGAAGUGUUUGAGGAAGUGGCGCUGAGCUGGCUGCGUGGGGACCCCGAGUUUUCAUGUCCUCAGCGGGUGUCGCUAGCGGCCCCGCGGCCCCCGGGGCAGAGUUAGCAGGGAGGGCAUCGAUAUGAGCUGGUCACCUUCUCUCCCAACCCAGACAUGUGGGGCCUGGGAAAUGAAAGAACGCCUCGGAACUGGGGGAUUUGGAAACGUCAUCCGGUGGCACAAUCAGGUGACAGGUGAACAAAUUGCCAUCAAGCAAUGCCGACAGGAGCUCAGCCCCAAGAACCGCGAUCGCUGGUGCCUAGAGAUCCAGAUCAUGAGAAGGCUGAACCAUCCCAACGUGGUGGCCGCCCGGGAUGUCCCAGAGGGGAUGCAGAACUUGGCACCCAAUGAUUUGCCUCUGCUGGCCAUGGAGUACUGCCAAGGAGGAGACCUCCGGAGAUACUUGAACCAGUUCGAAAACUGCUGUGGCCUCCGGGAAGGAGCCAUCCUCACCCUGCUGAGUGACAUAGCAUCGGCUCUUAGAUACCUUCAUGAAAACAGAAUCAUCCACCGGGACCUGAAGCCAGAGAACAUUGUCCUACAGCAAGGAGAGAAAAGAUUAAUACACAAAAUUAUUGAUCUAGGAUAUGCCAAGGAGCUGGAUCAGGGCAGUCUGUGCACGUCAUUUGUGGGGACCCUGCAAUACCUGGCCCCAGAGCUUCUGGAGCAGCAGAAGUACACCGUGACUGUUGACUACUGGAGCUUCGGCACCCUGGCCUUUGAAUGCAUCACCGGCUUCCGGCCCUUUCUCCCUAACUGGCAGCCUGUGCAGUGGCACUCUAAAGUCCGGCAGAAGAGCGAAGUGGACAUUGUUGUUAGCGAGGACUUGAACGGAACAGUGAAGUUCUCAAGUUCCUUACCCUUCCCCAAUAAUCUCAACAGUGUCCUGGCUGAGCGUCUGGAGAAGUGGCUUCAGCUGAUGCUCACGUGGCAACCUCGGCAAAGGGGCGUGGACCCCCAGUACGGUCCCAAUGGCUGUUUCAGGGCCCUCGAUGACAUCUUGAACUUAAAGCUGGUUCAUAUCUUGAACAUGGUCACAGGCACCAUUCACACAUACCCUGUGAUGGAGGAUGAAAGUCUGCAGAGCUUAAAAACCAGAAUCCGGGAAGACACAGGGAUCCUGGAGACAGACCAGGAACUGCUGCAGGAGGCAGGGCUGGUGCUGCUCCCUGACAAGCCUGCUACUCAGUGCAUCUCAGACAGCAAGACAAAUGAGGGCCUCACACUGGACAUGGAUCUCGUCUUUCUCUUUGACAACAGUAAAAUGUCCUAUGAGACUCAGAUCACCCCCCGACCCCAACCUGAGAGCGUCAGCUGUGUCCUUCAGGAGCCCAAGCGGAACCUCUCCUUCUUCCAGAUGAGGAAAGUGUGGGGCCAAGUCUGGCACAGCAUCCAAACGCUGAAGGAAGACUGUAACCGGCUGCAGCAGGGACAGCGAGCUGCCAUGAUGAACCUCCUUCGGAAUAACAGCUGCCUCUCCAAGAUGAAGAAUGCCAUGGCCUCCACGGCGCAGCAGCUCAAGGCCAAGUUGGACUUCUUCAAAACCAGCAUCCAGAUUGACCUGGAGAAGUACAGGGAGCAGACGGAGUUUGGCAUCACAUCGGACAAACUGCUGCUGGCCUGGCGGGAAAUGGAGCAGGCCGUGGAGCAGUGUGGGCGGGAGAAUGACGUGAAGGUCCUGGUAGAACGGAUGAUGGCACUGCAGACCGACAUUGUGGACCUACAGAGGAGCCCGAUGGGUCGGAAGCAGGGGGGCACCUUGGAUGACCUAGAGGAACAAGCAAGAGAACUCUACAGAAGACUCAGGGAGAAGCCAAGAGACCAAAGGACAGAAGGUGACAGCCAGGAUAUGGUACGGCUGCUGCUGCAAGCCAUCCAGAGCUUCGAGAAGAAAGUGCGGGUGAUUUACUCUCAGCUCAGUAAGACCGUGGUUUGUAAGCAGAAGGCCCUGGAGCUGCUGCCCAAAGUAGAAGAGGUGGUGAGGCUCAUGAACGAGGAUGAGAAGACUGUGGUCCGGCUCCAGGAGAAGCGGCAGAAGGAGCUCUGGAACCUCCUGAAGAUCGCCUGUAGCAAAGUCCGAGGUCCGGUGAGUGGAAGCCCAGAUAGCAUGAAUGUGUCUCGACUUAGUCACCCUGGUCAUCUAAUGUCCCAGCCUUCCAGUGCCUGUGACAGCUUACCUGAUUCAGACAAGAAAAGUGAAGAACUGGUGGCCGAAGCACACGCCCUCUGCUCCCGGCUGGAAAGCGCGCUGCAGGACACGGUGAAGCAGCAGGACCGAAGCUUCACGGUAACCGCCUGCGGGGAGCCCAGCUUGUCCAUUCCCUUCCUUUCUGCAGCAAACGAGGAAACGGUUUGGCAUCAGCCGUGGCUCAGGUGGUUUCAGGUUUUCGUAGUCAUUUCAUGCUCAGGAACGCCAAGCGCACUCAUUAUCUUAAUCCUGACAAGGGGGCACCGUUACAGAACAUCUGUGUGGGGCACUGUGCUGGGUUUGGGGACAAAAGAGAAACCUGAAACAGCCUGUGUCUCAAGGACUCAGUUUAGCCACAAGCAGUAGCAGCGUCAGAGAAACUGACCUGAAGACAAUCUAGCCAUGAUCCAGGCACUUUGAGAGCCUAAACAGUUGUCGGUGUCUAAAUGGCCUCUUCCUGCUAAUGCAACCGUCUACUAAACUACUCUCGCUUCUAACUUUGGGGAGUCAGAGGAAACCCCAGUCAGUUGCCGUCCGUCCUCGCUCGCUAACCUGCUCACUUGUCCUUCUCCGGUGAGCCUCCCUCACUCCUGCUGCUUCCCCCUCGACUCCUGGUGCUGUUCUUCUGCCUCACCACUUGCUUGCACUGUAGCCAGAGACAAGGAAAGCCUCCUCUGGUUGGCACUUCAGCUCGUCCCAAUGAGACCUGCUGCACAUUUGAAUCUAUAAGUCACUUGGCUCAAAGGUGCCCUGUAGUCCCAGGACCGGUGCUGGUAAGGCUUAAGUACUUCUAGAUUGUGCUGCUUGUCUCCUGAGGAGGAACAGCGGCCCCACCACUGAGUGUUUAACGUGCCUGUCGACUUUCAGACCCUAGACUGGAGCUGGUUACAGAUGGAGGAUGAAGAAAGGUGUGGCCUGGAGCAGGCCUGUGACUGAGGUGCCCGUGAACUGGCCCGCGGCUCGGCAUGUGAGGAUGCUCUGGUACCUCCAGGGGGACAUCCCGCUCUCCUGGCAGCUGCGAUCCUUGCCCACAGCAGCCUGUGCUGGCCCAGUCUACACACUGGACGUCCUCCACCACAGAAGCACAACAAUGUCAGUUACAAGCCCGUGCGGCAACAAGACUGCAGUGCUGCUACACAAAGAGCUUACGACAGACGUCUACCUUGAGUGUUUCCAGACAGCAGCCAGCCUGUCCCCUUUGGACUGCUGCGGGGGAGGGAGCCCUGCCCUCCUCGCCUUUCAGCUGGGGUGUCAUCUGGAUCCAGCUUCCUUAGACAUUUAAUCAGAAGCCUGAUGAUUCUACGUCUUUCUUCCUCUUCACUUCCCCCUGGUAAAUGUUUCUACCUUCUGUGCCGGUCGUUGUGGCAAACGGCCUUUGACUAAGUUGUAAUGACGGUGAUACCAAGCUCCCUGAUGUCCCGGCUCCUUUAAGCCACAGAGCGACUUACACAGCCAGGCAGAACAGAAAUGCAGCUACACAUCCUGAGUCCCAAAGAUUACCUGGAGUCAACUGUCAUGGAGAGAAAUGGAAGAUGAAGGUCCUACACCAGCCCCUCCCCUGCUGAGCACUGUGUGACUCUGCCACCUGUCAGGUGUGUGAGGACGUUGCUGCCUCUCACAUAAGCUAGCAGCGUUAUUAAACUGGUUCGUUUUAUAAAUAGUUUCUAUUUUUUGUAACAUUACUCAGAUAUGUAUCCUAGGCUCAAGGGUGUAUUUCCACAGUAAUACUACCACUAGUACUUCUGAGCUCAGAGGGCAACAUCAUGGGAAAUUUCGUAAGAUUGAACAGCGUAUCUAGAUCAUGUCAUUUUUACAUCACACAAAACUUGUGUGUUUGCGUGCAUAUGUGUGUAUGAAAGCGAAGCAGGCUCAGAUUGUCAUAAACAGGUUUAUUUGAUUAGAGAAUAAAGUUGGAACAGAGAAAUGUCAGAGCGGCCACCGCAGACACAGUAUGAAGCGUCACUGGUCACGUGAGCUCAGCGGUGCUGCAUGCUUUCUUUCCCAGAGAUUGAUGCUGUGCACUGGGAACCUGUUUGAAAACUCCGACAAUAAAGAUGCUGGCUUAAGCUCAGCGUAAAUUCA